UCUUUGUGUUUUGACUGGGUUGGUGGUAAUCAUAGAAGAGUAAAAAUGAAAUCCUGGCUAUUGCUGAUGUGGCAGUGAUAAGGGAGUAGCUCUGUCCGAGGCAGUUGCACUAUGGUGUCAAAAUGUGUUGGUUUUCCCAGAGAUUUCUGUGACCCUACUGACCUGUCAGCUUUUGCCACGUUUGCUUAAAAAUGCCUUUCUGUGGAAGAACAGCAGAUGUGGUCUAAUCCUUAUCCCUCCCCCUCUUUUAAGCAGUGUCGAUCCUUGCGUUACUGGGCACCUCCCAUCUCCUGUGUGACUUCCAGCAUGGCUGGUUUGAACGUCUCCAUAGCCUUUUUCUUCUCCAUUGUCGCCCUUUGUGAGGUGACCAGGAGGCUCUCCAAGAGAAUUUUUCCACCUAAGCUGUACUCUUGCUUUGCUAGCGAACUGGCCAGCUCAUUCCAGCUAUGUGCUUGCUGCCUUGAACUAAAGAUGCUUGUGGAGAUUGGCCCAUGGGGUGGUGGCUUUGGCCCAGAUGUGAGCUUCACACUCCUCUUCCUCCUCUUCUUGGUUCAUGGUGCUUCUUUUGAUGGAGCUUCUGCCAACCCUGCCAUCUCACUCCAGGAAUUUUUAGCUUUGGAUUCUUCUUUUGUGGCCACAGUUGCCAAACUCUUGGUCCAGUUUAUGGGGAUGAUAGCAGCUGGUGCCUUUACCAAGCUAUAUUGGUCCAGGGAACUGACAGACUUCCACAUGAUUCAAAACUUAAUGGCUCAAGACUGAAGCUCAUCGCUCAACACAUCUAUCUCCCAUGGCAUCUUUGUGGAAGCCACAUGCUCAUUUUUUUUCAACGUAGCGAUUCUCAGGUUCCGAUCCAGUUCUCCCAUGUACAGAGCCCCUGUCAUUGCACUCACUGUUACUGCCUUGGCCUACACAGCUGCACCUUUCACAGGAGCCUUUUUUAACCCUGCCCUGGCAUUUGCUGUGACUUUUUCCUGUUCUGGGAACAGCUUACCAGAGUAUAUGCAAGUGUAUUGGUUGGGGCCCACUGCAGGGAUGCUGGUAGCUCUGUUUGUGUAUCGGGGGAACAUCCCGCGGCUCUUUCAGACAAACCUGCUGUACAGUCAAAAGAGCAAAUACAGGAUCCCCAAGGGAAAAGCAGUUUCAGUGUCUGGUGCUGAACAAAGACAGCCAAAAACACAGAAGGCGAUCAGCUGCUCAGGACCAUCUGACAGAACAGAGUGAAAGAGAUAGGCACUGGUGGGUGGCACUGGGGGUCCUUUCAGUCUUUGAUUGUUGUUAUUAUUAUUUGGCAUGAGGAAGAAGACCUUGAGCAUCUCUCUGUGUUCCUGAGGUCACUUGUAGUGCAUUCUGGCUGGAAAGAGGGACAAAAAGUCAUCUCUCAUGUGCUGCCAUAUCACCAGUGUGUUGCAGUGAGCUAGGUCAUUGCAAAGGUCUGUAGAAGUUAAGACCCUUAACAUUCCAUACAUUCAGGUUGUCAUCUUCUUAGUGCCCUGUUUGGGUAUUUUUCAUUCUGUGGCAUUCUUCUGAAUGGGUGGGAUGAUGUAGUAUCUUGUGGCCCCCACCCAGAGAAAGUUAGCUAUCUUUAGUGCUUUUUUUCUAUGGGUACGCAGGGGUAUGCAUACCCCUAAACAUUUUAUGAAUCUUUGUACUUUUGUCAAUUUACUGUAUUUAUUUCCCCCGAUUUGAACUAUUUUCUGGAGUCAAAAUGAGAGUACCCCUAAGAAAAAAAAGCACUGUCUAUCUUUAUGUUCUGUGACAUGGGAUAAAUAAGGGAGGACCCUGUGGCCCUCUGUAUGUUGUUGGACCCAAGCUCCCAUCAGCCCCACCCAGUGUGGCGAAAUGGGAAGGGAUGAUGGAAGCUGUAGUCCCAAGUUCCCCAGCUCCAUUAUAUAAUAUGGUGGGAUCUUUGGCAUUCUUGAAUGUACAGGCAACUCGCAAC